GAAGGCGUUGUGAAGGAUGUCGAAUUCAAAAUCAGGACGAUAAUCAGAGAAAUGGAAAAGCAUCUCUGUGAUAAUCGACGAGGUGAAAGACUUCGAAGUGGUUUGAAGUUAGCCAUCUUGGGCCGCCCUAAUGUUGGGAAAAGUAGUUUUAUGAAUUCUCUGGUUCAGAGGCCAGCAGCUAUUGUAUCGCCGAUUCCAGGUACAACGCGAGACGUCAUUGAAACCACGCUGGAUCUUGGUGGGUACCCAGUCAUCCUCAGUGAUACAGCAGGGCUUCAUCAGACGGAUGACAUCAUCGAAAGUGAAGGCAUUAAACGAGCCAUUGCAAAAUCUAAAGAAGCCGACAUUGCAGUUGUUCUUAUUGAAGCCGAAGACGCGUUAAGAGUCAUUAAGCAAAGUUCGAAUUGGAGUAAGUAUAUAAAUUCAUUCCUGAAAGAAAUAGGAGCUCUUGAGGAUCAAGAUUUAUCAGAAAAUGAUAAUUGCCAUACAGAGCAGAACUUCGUAAUAAUAGUGAAUAAACUAGACCUCAUUAAGUGCAGACAAGAUAAAAUACUGCUAAAAAAUACAUUGAAAGAUUCUGGUCUUCUGAUGUCAGUGAAGACAGGAGAGGGCUUUGAUGAUGCAAUGCAUAAACUGAAAGAUGUUUGUGCCUCUUUGUGCAAAAUUGGCACACCAGAAAAUCCCACACUAACGGCAGCAAGACACAGAAUCCACAUAUCAUCAUGCUUAGAAUCACUAAAGCUAAUCCUAGGGAAUGAGUUUAAUGAUGGUCAUAAAAGCUUAUCUGAGCUGUCAAGUUCUUGUGAAACUUCCUUUACAGAUAGUGCCAACCCAAAGGAGAUCGGAAGCCAUUGUUUAUCAUCUAACAGUGGAACACCAGAAAAUACCGUACAAAUUUAUUUUGAAGAUCUUAAUAAUAAUUUAUUACAGUCAGAAGAAACCUUAAUUUUGGCUGCUCAUCACCUGCAGAAAGCUGCGAACCAUCUCGGUUAUGUUACUGGUCACAUUACCACGGAGGAUGUUCUUAAUCAUAUUUUUUCAGCCUUCUGUAUUGGGAAAUAAAAGAAUGUGGUACUCUGUAUUAUUUUAUAUAAUUAUAAUAAUAUUUAGGAACAUCUUAAUCAGAAAAUAUUUUUAUAUUAAUUCCUACAUAUUUUCUCAUACUUUUGCCUACAUCUUUCUGGUUAAGGCAUGAUAAUCAAAGUUCUGAAUAAAUAGGUAUUGUUAGAUUAGUGAAAAGAGAAUGUAUACAGCAAGUUUAUGUAUCUGAUGUCAUUGUUCUCACACCUGAAAAAUUCUCCAUUUCAGUCUUCUUGAAAGUUUGCUGGCAAAAGUUAGCUGUCCAUUAGGUAGAAAUGUCAUGUAACCUACCAUGCAGUAGUUUCUUGGCCUUUAUUGACAGAACUUAACUCUUACCCUUUUUACAGAGACAGUGACUACACCUGAGGCAACACCCAUUCAAAGUUCUGAAGGCUACUCAAGCGGAGUUGGUUCCUAUAGAAGGGAAAAUACCAAUUUGUGGUUUUUGAACUAAAACAAUAGAAAAAUGGUCAGCAGCUGUAUGUAAUUGGCUCUCCUUCUUUAUAUGCAAAAGCUUCUCCAAAGGAACCACACAACAUAAGCCAAGAAGGGCAAAGUUUAAUGGAAUUAUAAGACACUUAAUAUGUCAAAGUUUACUUUGCAGCAGUCAGGAAUCCCUACCACCCUCCAAUUAGAAUUGUUCAGACAUGAGAAUAAUAUUGACUGGUUCUCCUAAGCCACUACAAUAUACUCAAAGCAAAGCAAGUGCUGCAGAAACCUACUUACAUUUGAGGGAGGAUUUCUCAACAGAAAGAAAAGAGGAAACGGUAAAGUUUUCUUGAGCGAUGGAUCAUCUAUUCCUACUAUCAGUAGCAAAUGUUCCAAAACUCUGAGCCAGAACUUGAGUUAUCUGAUUGGAACAUUUGCUCCUGUUGAUAGUACAAACAAAGGAUCUAUUGACCAUGAAAAACUAUACCACAUCCACUGUUACUUCUGUUGAGAAAUCCUUCUUGAAAUGUCAGUGGGUCUCUGUGGAAGCUUCUUUGACUGGUUUUCUCAAGUCACUACGAUACCAAGAGCAAUAUGUUUUACAGUCACAACUGACCAAUUUUAAGUGGAUGGUGGUGGGGAUUCCUGUUUUUGCAUAGUAAAUUUUGAGUACUGGGGAUUUGUGAGAGCUUUAUUAGGUUUCCUCUCAAGUGGGCCUUACUACUUUCUCAGCUAAUAUCUAGUGUCUCUUUGACAGGGAUGAAAUCUGGCAAAGUCUCAAAUUCCCUUAUUUUGGCAGCAAGUCCAUAGAUAUCUUCAUGAUUCUUUGCACAUCCUUUCCUCACUCAACCAGUUCACAAUGUGGGUUUCUGGCAGACUGCUAGUACCCUUCCAAUUUUAACUGUUACUUUAAGUCAAGCUCCCUUGGCUGGGCUUAUGCUGACCACUGCUAGACUGGUACAAUACUGGCUGUUACUGGUUAACCACUUUUAGUCCCUUCAGGAUGAAGUCUUUCUCCCAGAUUCGAAUCUUCCUCUCUAUUUUUAGCUUUCCUCUACUAUUGUUCAUCUCCAACUCCCAUCUUAACACAGAGGGCUACUGAAAUUUGGUGUUUCUCCAUCAUGACAUGUAAAAAGCACACUCAGGCACAAGUCCAGUAACUAGAUUAUCCUCUAAUAUAAUCAUCAACACUUGACAUUUCCUUGCUGCUGAACACAACCAAUGGGACAAUCAGUAUCUUGAUAUCCACUUACUAGUCUAACCAUGGUAGACGUUAAGAGUCUUCUAAUUUAAAAACCUUCCCCUUCUCAACUCAGGUGGUGUGGUUCCCUCAAAAAAUCUUUAGUAAUAAUGAAACGAUGAAUUAUAUACUGUGCAGCACAGUUUUCUGUAAGCGUUGGUUCAAAGAACCAUUAAUUGGUGCAUUUUACCUUCCAGCAGCCUUCAAAAUUUUCUAAUAGUGAUGCCUCAUGUGUUGUCACUCCCUCUGCAAAAAACAGUAAGAGUGAGAUAUCCUGACGAUUCAAAACUACCACGUAAUAUACAAACUUGCAAAACGUGUGGGUAACAUUUUCAGCACUUGCAUUUUGUGCCCUAACCAGAUGCAGGUACAUAAAUAUGAGAUUAGUAUGUAAUAAAUACUUGAAACAUAAAACAUAAAACAUGCUAAAAUGUACGUUUUCAACUGAAUAAUUUCCUAUUACAAUACUUUAAACAAUGCAGCAACUUUAUAGAACCAAUUUAUCUGCAGUGUAGUUAACAAUGCAAAAUCAUUUUAAAAGAAAAUCUUUAUGAAGUUCAAUCAGUUGAAAAAAUCUGGAAAAUCUUACAUUUCCAAAUACAUACCCACAAAUAAAAAUCAUUACUAUAUGCUAACAUGGCAAAAAUAUAUUUAGGUUCACCAGUCUUAUCACCGCAGAGUCAGAUGGUGCCUAACUUUUCAUGUGGUAUGCGAUGGGUUAGGAGGUGAUCAUAAAGUGUAUCGUAAGUGGGUUUGUGUUAAAACUUGUUUUAGUUUAGAAACUGUUUGUUCCUUUACAACCUGAAGAGCAAAGAAUUUUCAGAAAAUUUUCUUGAGAAGAAGAAGUUGGUUCUUGAUUCCAACAGUCCCUCCAGGAGCCCCAAAGUGCACAAGACUUUUCAUACUGGGUGAUACCAACGACCUACUGAAUUUUUUUUACCUGGCUUUAUACAGUUUAUAGCUUCAUAUUAGUCUUAACUACAAUUCCUUCGGUUUUUAAUAUAAUUUUACAGCACUCAAUGGGUAUAUGUCAUCAUGGAUACUGGCACUAGAAGAAAAAGCACCCGACAGAGACUGACAAAACCUCCCUGUAACAAGGUUAAAAACUCGCAGAUCCCCCUCUGAGGAGUGGAAAGAUGAACACAGACAUUUCCCAAUUAAGGACUGUCACACUGAUAAUAUUAACCGAAUACAAUCUCCUCAAGGCUUGUCUAGCAUCCUUCACUGGUCAGGUCUCAGGAGAGGAGAUUGUCAAAAUUAUUGCAUUCUUCCACUCAAUGUGAACUGAUGCUGAGGGCAAACCUGUAUUACUGUUUGAUGUUAAAAAUUUCUGCCCUUGUUGCUCAGGUCAACUCCAGCAGCUCCCUGACAUUUCUCUGGGAACAGAAAUGGGUCUGGAGGAUUAGGCACUAAUGUCUGAGUGAGAUUAAAUGAGAUUAUCAAGGUCCUAGAUCACUAGGUCUUCUCUUGCUUUCUCUUCAUAAGAAUUUUUACUAGAAGAUACAAGUCCAUCCUCUUGGCCCAAGCAACCUGUCUUGCCUUUACUUCCUUCUUUUUACUCGGCAGAAGCAUUAGUCAGUCGUAUGACUACUUGCAACACUUCUCACAGGUGAUGAGUCAUGAAUACAUGUGGCCAUGGUAAGUGCUUGGAAUGAAGGCCAUUAGUGUCGGGUUUCAUUGACUUAUAAUACUGAAGGGAUGCCAAUCUUCAGAUGAAAUCAGUCUUUGCACUUUGUCCACUCUUUCACUGUUCCUCGUUUGGAAUAUAAUUUAGCUAUAGCAAUCCUCUACGAAGUACAUAUUUGGAGAACAGUGAAAAGCCCUAUUAGCAGCAUUGCAAGUUCAUGAGAAGGGAGGAUUGUAACCAAUAAACGUAGGAUCCAGAUGGCACGUGCUUCUCAAGACAACUUCCAUCUGUCUGACAGGCAAAAGACUGGUGAACUCUGGAACACCCAGAAAACUGCUAUAGGUACAUAUAUGAUUGAUGGGGUUUUACAUAAUGAUAAAAAAAAUGUCAAUAUUCUAUGUACAGAUGUGAUGCAUUUUCUGAUAGUUAUUUUGUACCUUUUAUAAACUAUGGAGUUACUGAACAACAGGAAUGUUUUUAAAACCUAUCAUUUAAUUUUUAUAGAACUUUAGUGAAUCAGCGCCUAGUCAGUUGUGUUAGUAAUAAACUGAUCAUUAUUGUACAGUAGACUAAUACCUGAAAAGAAUGGCAAUAGUUCAGUUAAUAAGGAGCUUAAUUGAUGUAGAUAUUAAACCUAUAUUUUGUUUA